AUAAUCUGUAAUAUAUUAAAACCUAGAAAACUUGAGUAUAAGGUAAGACAAUCUUAUUAUUUAGACACUACAUCCAUUUUUGUUUAAAUAUCUGUUUGUUUUGAGUCACCUAAAACCAGUUUCCACCCAGUUGGUAAUGUACAAUGAAAACAGACUUAACAUGUAUUUGCAAAGAGAACAUCACUGAAAAGAAAAUAACACGAGUGACUACAGUGAAGAGCCAAGCCUUCAGGCACUCUGAACUCAGUAGAAAAAUAAAAUGCAGCACCUGAAUGACAAAGCAAAGUGAGAACUCUGUCUGUGAGGGAUACACAUAUGUAUGGAAAACAAACCUGCCAGGUGCUGUAGUAUCAUCCUUCAAACCAGAACCCAUCUUUUGCUAGGUUUUUGAAUGGGACACUGAGGACAACACACUGCUGUUCAACCAGGCAAACCUGAAAGAAGCAACACUGUGGUAUAUAAAGGAGACUUCAUUGUAACUUGAUUCCUCUUCAGUCAGCAAAGAGGUGGGACAAAGUGACUCAAAAAAUGCAGUCCAAAAACAUCUUUGGUGACUUCAAAGACAUCUUAAAGAAGGUUGACAAAAGUGAUAUCACACAGCUUUACUGUGAGUGUGUCAAACAUGCCUCACAUAGAACCCAGGAGUACUUUGCCUUCAAAGAUCCGGAAAACACUUUUCGCCCCAGCCCCAUGGUCCUCAGCGACAUUUUUCAAAUGUCUUACAUUACCCGCAGUGUACAGCUUCACCUUACAAGACACCUCAACUGCACUACAAUGACCAAGGAGCAGGUAAUUCUGCUGGGGACAGACUGGGUGUGGGCAGUCUUACAUUUCCCAACCAAGAACCCCAAGCUUCAGAUAGCAGUGCAAGUCUUUCACCAGCCCGAGGAAGAAAAUUACGUCCCUCACAAUAGAACUCAGAUGCUGACAGAGAGUAUGGAAAUAGCCACUCUAGAAUCUUCUGAUAAAACUAAGCAAGAGAAGAUGAUUGCCUUCUGCUCUUCUGUUGGCAGGGACUGUUACGCGCUCUUCCUCUUCUUUGGUCUUCUAAAGGACCCGACUAACAUCUACGGUGUCCUCAGCAACAACUUCCAGGCAGCGUUUGGGAAAGGUGUUAAAAUUGACAGGGCCUUCAUUGAAAACUUUUUCAAAGGGUCAAUAAGCUAUAUUACUCCAGGAAAAAUGAUGCAAAGCAUUCUUAAUAACAGAAAGGAACAUGAAGAGCCAUUAACUGUGUUUGUCAAGUUUACUUAGAUCCCUAAACCUGAUACUGAAGUGUGGUUUAAAUACAAGUAAAUGACAAAACACCUAAUUACACCGUGUAACAAUUUUUUUUCUUUUUUUUUUUUUGUUCCUGGGUAGUAAGUGCUA